AUGGCAGACGAGGUACAACACUGGAGAGUCACCUACAAUGACAUCCACAACCUCAUCAGAAAAGCAACCCCAAGCAUCGGUGCGGAGUUCAACCCAGAUCUCCUGGUAGCCAUUGGCGGAGGAGGCUUCUUUCCUGCACGCGUAAUGCGUACUUUCCUGCGGGAGCAAACGGACAAGAAGGCCUUACAAAUACAAGCCAUCGGUCUAUCGCUGUAUGAGCCAGUUGAGGGCACGUCGGCAGAACAGAUUGGCAACGAAGUCAUCCGCACGCAGUGGCUUGGUCCUGAUUCUGGCAAAUUGCUGGUCGGAAAGCACAAUCUGAUUGUCGACGAGGUCGAUGACACUCGUAAAACUCUCCACUACGCUCUUUCCGAGUUGAAGAAAGACGUAGAGGUAGAGCUCGCCAAACGCCCCGAGUCUGAGCGCGAAGCCCUCCGCGCCGCGACUAAAUUCGGAGUCUUCGUGGUACAUAACAAGAAGAAACCCAAAUUAGCUGAGCUUCCAGAGGGAACUCCGUACUACACUGGAGAGGAAGUCGAUGAUCUAUGGCUCGACUAUCCAUGGGAAGCAACAGACAUCGAGGGGCACGACAAAUUGGCAGCACAAGAUCGCGCUUCUCUCUCCUGA